GGGAGGUCUUGCACCACUCUUGAUUCAUCCUGAGAACGUGAGUGGAUCUGACAGAAGGAACAUUAAAGAACAGCGACUUUCUCCGUGGGAUCUGACAGAAGGAUGAAGUACUACAGUUACCCCGUGUCUCAGACUGUGGGACUGGGCGCCUUCCCCCGGGACAAGUACAGAAGCUCGGCGUCGCAGAAGUGCCUCCGCAGCGUCCACUUCUCUCACGACGUCGUCUUCCAAGAUUAUGUGCGGCACGGUGAGCUGGAGAGGAUCAAAUGCUUCAUCCGCGCCAAGAGAGUCCGCCUGGACACCAUCUACCCCUCCGGUAUGGCGGCCAUCCAUGAGGCAGUUCUGUCCGGGAACCUGGAGUGUGUGGAGCUCCUGGUCCGCUACGGAGCAGACAUCCACCAGCGGGACGAGGAAGGGUGGACGCCGCUUCACAUGGCGUGCAGUGACGGCUUCCCUCACAUCGCACGCUACCUUCUCUCCCUUGGCGCCGACCCAAACCUGGAAAACGACAACAUGGAGAAGCCCUCGGACCUCAUCGAGCCAGACAACAAGGAACUGCUGGACCUCUUCGGUCCGGUCGUCGACGGCUGAGAAGCUCUGAGGUUCCGUCUCUCGACUCGGAGACGGGCGGUGAAGCCCCGACGAGUUCGGCAUCUUGAAGCGGAGAGCUGCCUCGACUGAGGAGGCGACGGCGGACGCCCGACGAAAGGAGGCCAGACGGAGCUGGCUGCAUCCUUUGGUGGACCUCCAGGAACCAGCUCUGGUUUUUAUGCUGCGGUGACUUUCAACCAACACUUAGGUCUAAUUUGACAUGAUACUGGAGAAGGUGGACAAGACACAGGUUGUGGCUCACAUGAAAUACGUCCAUCAGUGCACUUCAAUAAGUACACUGUCCUCCAGUCACAAUUUUUACCUGCUUCUUCCCCUCCUUUUUCUUGUACCCAUUGAGUUUCCAGUAGUGCACACUGAAUUGUGUAGACUCUUUUUAUGGACAACAUCCAUGUACUGACCGAGCACUGCGUCUAGUUCAGGGGUGUCGAACUUCAUUUUAGAUCGGGUUCCACAUGGAGAAAAAU